AUGACAACUUCAAAUUCUGAAGAAUUCAUCACACUUCAACUGGAAAAUAUUAUAGUUCUAGUAUUGGUGAGAACUUUUAUCAACCUAUUUUUUAUGGGAAAUCAACCGAAUCCAAAAAAGAUGUUAUUGAUUCUACUCGUUGUUCUGCUGGUUGUUGGAUGUAUUUGUUUUCAGAUUGAAGCAAUCGUCAAAGCACAAUUAAUUUUGUUUCUUUCUUGGACUUUUUGGAAAUUAUGUAUCCCAAAUUGA